GAACCACACACAAAAAAAGUUUGCGGAAAAGGAAAAGUGCAUAUGACUGACUAAAAAUAAUACAAGAAGGCGGCAAAUUAAAUAGCAAUGCGCACAAAACAGUGUAAAACGAAAAACAUGCGCUGCUGCGUAUGACGGUUAAAUAAGUUUUCAACUAUCUAAAUAGUCUGUUUUCCGUUUCUGUAUCUUGGUGUGCGUGUGCUACGGACUUGCUGCCUCAGUGUAAUUUAUUAACUCGACGAAUUCCCACCCCCUUUAUUUUGUGUGGCAACCUAAACUGAACCUAAGCCUUAAAUGAUAAUGGUUCGCAGACGUGCACGGCCCGUCAAAGAGCCCGCCCUAAUGGUGGUUACCUCUGGCGGGGUCGAAGCAAAUAGUGAUUCUACGCUGGCCCUGCCGUUCAAUGGCGAACCAAUCAGCGUUGUUGCUGCGACGGCCACCAAUACUCUGCUGGAUGAUCAAUAUUUUGCCAGUCCGAAGCGAAAAGACUGCCGUCUUAUGAAGGCACAUGAAAAUCUCAAUGCGGCCCAAAAUUCACAUAGUUACAGCAUUGACAACAACAAAGCUAAUGGCAACUCAACCAAGUCUGAAGCUGACCGUAUAAUUGGUGUUCAGUUGGCAACGCGCUCUCAAACCAGGACCAUUGAAAACUUUUUUAAAGCAAAUGCAGCUGCAAAAAAUAAGAAGAAAAGUACCAUUCUAUCAGAAACAAGUGUAGGUAAAACUACUAUAGCAGAGCAAAAGACAAUAACAUUAAAUGGCGCCCUAAUCGCUGAACUGGAGGAAGAGGAGGAGCUGCUCCUGUAUGAUGAGGACUCCAUAGCUUCGCCCUCGACCAGCACCAGUUCUCCAGCAUAUCAAAACGAUGAUCUUGAAGUUGACAACAGUUACGACCCGGGCUGUAAUUACAUGCCUACAGACAUCGAAGCACACAUUCGAACAGACGCGCACACCCAAACAGAUAUACGUAUACAAACAGACACAUCUACAAACACGGCUGCCUUUCAAACGCAUCGCUCGGCACUGCGUGACAGUCACAGCUCGUCACAUAGUAGCAGCAGCAGCAGUGCUGCAACUUCCGAUAAUAUUUUUCUACAGGAGCCAGUGCUGACGCUGGAUAUUGAUCGCACACCCACCAAGGCCUCCACCAUUCGCAUUAACAAAAGCUUUGAGCUGGCCAAUGCGGUAUUCUCAUCGCCGCCUUCUGUGCUGAGUGCUUGCGUGCUCAACGGUCGGUUCAAUCAAAUUGUUACGCUGAAUGGGCAUGGGCACGGGGAGGAGCUAGAUCACGAACAAGAACAGCUUCAGCUGCAACAGCCGCUGGGCGGCUUUGAGUUAGACCAACAUGACAGCAGUUCCUGCGACAGUGGAGUUGCGUGCAGCUUAACAGCAGGCACAUCGCCUGUGGUAGCGGGCAAUAGGCGGCGUAAGCCCGCUACUCCACACCGCAUAUUGUGUCCCUCGCCCAUCAAGACAAUGCCGCGCGAUGCCGCGUUGAUUAAGGGCGAGACUCUGUCACCUCGCAAGUCGCCGCGCAAACUGCAAAUGCAGCUAGCCGUAAACGGAGCAUCGAAGUCUCGACGAAGACUGAAUCAGCCAAAGCCACAAGCGCCUUACCAGCAGCAACAACAACAGCCGCACAACCCUAUUUCUAAUGAAGAUGUAGUUUUGGUGGAUGAUGAAGACGACGAGGAUGAUGUGCACUCUUUGCUAAAGGCCGCGGAGGAGCGUGAAAAUCUGAAUAAAACCAAGGCAAUGCUCAAACCGCCUGCAGUCACAGCAGCAGCAGCCAAGCCAAAGGCAUCUACCAAACCAGCUAAAGCUAAGACAAUGACAGCCAAAUCAGUGCCUUUGGCUGCCACCAAUGGUAACCGUGAAAUGACCGAGUUCUUUGCGGUGCGACGCAGCGUACGCAAAACCAAAACAGCCGUCAAAGAGGAAAUGAUGCGUAAUCUGGAGCAGGCUGUGCUCGAGGAACGCUGCGAUGGUCUGCAGAUACGCCAUUUUAUGGGCAAGGGGCGUGGCGUUGUCGCAAUUCGUCGCUUCAAGCGUAACGAAUUCGUCGUCGAAUAUGUGGGUGAUCUCAUUUCUAUCAGCGAGGCCACCGAGCGCGAACGCCGCUAUGCACUCGAUGAGAAUGCCGGCUGCUACAUGUACUACUUUAAGCAUAAGAAUCAGCAGUACUGUAUCGAUGCUACCAUUGACACCGGCAAGCUUGGCCGCCUCAUCAAUCACUCGCGCAACGGCAAUCUUAUGACUAAGGUGGUUGUUAUCAAGCAGCGACCACAUCUGGUGCUGCUGGCCAAGGAUGAUAUUGAGUCCGGCGAGGAACUGACUUAUGACUAUGGCGAUCGUUCCAAGGAAUCGCUGCUCCAUCAUCCAUGGCUGGCAUUCUGAGCUAUUAACACAGCAACU